AUGGAACCUCCCAUUUAUAAUGGGAAAAUUCAUCCUAAUGAAUAUGUUAAAAAAAUGCGAGUAUACUGUAAUUUUAGACAAAUUACAAAUGAACAAGAAAUUCUUAAGUUUGCAAUAAUGAUGAUUGAUUCUACAAUUAAUAUACCGGAAAACAUAAAUUCUUUCGAUACACUUAUUAAUACACUAAAAAAUCAUAUUUCUUUUACAGUUUUUAAAAACUCUUGUAAAAGAAAAUUACAAGCAUUAAAAUAUAUAUCUGAAUAUGAGGGUGACAAUACCGUAAAUUUUGUCACCGAUUUUCGUACACUUUGUCGUGAUGCGGAAAUCGCAAAUAUUGAAGAACAAAAGAAAUAUAUUAUUAAUGCACUUCCUUACAAUUUCUUUAAAAAUGAAUUUGUUAAACAUGAGGAUGCUAAUUCUACGGAUGAAUUAAUUAGAACAUUUGAAGAAAUUGUUUCAGAUUAUUCAAGAAUAAUCAAAAAUGGAUCCAUCAUAGCUUUAAGACAUGUUAGUACAGGAAAAUAUUUAUCCAGUUGUGAUAGAGAGUAUCCACACUCUAACCAACAAUACCAAGACCAUGACCAGUACCAUAACCAACAAUACCAAGACUACUAUGACCAGCACCGUGGACAUAACUAUAGACAACCUAACUUGGGCAGAAGAAGUGCACGAGGUUUACGAGGUGGUCGAACCCCAAUCUUUCAUAACCAACGACUCCCACAACAUGAAAUGUUUACAUUAAAACAACCAACCCAAAUUCAAGCCUCAAGUCUUGAUUAUAUGAUUUACUGUGGUGAUUUCGGGCCAAACGCUUUAUGGUCCAUUAAUAAUGAUGAUGAUGAUGAUGAUGAUGAUAUUGAUAUUGAUGAAGAACUUGAUUUUCCUUCUCAUCCUUCUCGUGAUCUCGAUUUUAAUCCUAUCAAUUACAAAAGUUCAAUUCAAAUACAACAUAAGAUUCUUAGUAAAUCUUUUUAUACAAACAUAUCUAAACAAUCACCUACAAGUAAACACUUUGAAGUAUGUUGUGGCAAUAAUUGUCAAUUUCCUUGGAGUUUUAAACAUUAUCAUAAUCAUGAUAAUAAAGGAAAUGUGAAAUCUCAAGAUAUCAUUUUACUUCAAUGGAAUAAUAAUGACAGUAAUAAUUUAGAUAAUGACGAUAAUGAUAUUUUUGUUUAUCCUCAUCAUAAUAAUGUCCAGCAUGAACGUACCAAAAAUAUGUUUUUAAGAAGUCAUGAUUUAUAUUUUACCGUUGAUAAUGAAAGUUAUCAGGAAGUUGUUACUCAUGACCACAGAAUUGGAGGAAAUGAUCAGUGGUGUAUUGAACUUGUUGAACAUCCGCAAAAAAACUUAACAAAUUCGCGCGGAAACUCGUACUUAGCUUAA